AAAAAAAACUUACUAGACUCGAAACGGCCUGUAGGCCCAAAGCUUUAGAAGUAGAUUCUUUUCUCAUUAUAUCGUUAAUCGGGCGGCCGCAAACGCUAGUCCACCGCCAGAAGCUCUUGAAAGUUUCCCUCCAAGUCUUGGCCUUUCCCUUCUUCCGCUGUCUACAUUACCCUUCAUCUCUCCCUCUUGUGACCGAUUGAGGACUUUCAUCGAACAGUUGGUGGACAGAGUCUGGUGUAUAAACCAUGGCGCCCAGAAAGAAACAUGGGAACAACAACUCCGUCCGUCCUUCCAAGUCUGGCCUUCACCCUCAACACCAACCCCAAGAUUGCUAUGAAGGGGAACGUCUGGAUCAUCUUCUCCAAUCUAUUCAGAGAAAAAUAGAGUCAGCUAGACUACUGGAUAAUUCCUUGCCCGAAAAGAUAUGGUUCAAGCUACAAUUUGCAGUUGGGGUGAAUGAUGUGACUCGUGUUCUUGAACGCAUGAAACCAGUGACAUCACCAAUGGCAGCAGGCUUAGCAUCCGAGUGUAACCCCCCUGCUCCUCCUCCUAAAGCUAAAGCAGCAUCUAAUGAGCUUCAGGCUGUGCUGAUAGCCGCUGAUUCCAAUCCGCGGUGGCUCACGAAGCAUCUGCCAAGCUUGGCCCUUUCUAGGAAUGUCCCGUUGAUCUUUCUCAAGGAUAACAAGGGGGCUUCUUUAAGAUUGGGUCAGCUUGUUAAACUUAAAACUGCCAUUGCUAUUGGAGUUAAGGCCAAAGGAAAUGCCAUCAAUCAACUUGUUGACGAAAUUCUUAGUGGCAGCAGUCAAGGUCAUCUUGGAACCGAAUGUCUCAAUUCAACUCAACUGCUUCCUGCACCUAAAGGGCAAGUGCAGAGAUGAGUAUCUUAAUACAAGAGGAGACUCGUAUCGUCAUAGGAAACAGAGUCCUUGUUCAUGUUGCAAGGGUUUGGGAAACAAAUCAACAACUUUAUGUACAAGUGCGAGUCUAUCAGUUUGUAGUCAACUUCUUAAAUAUUGCUGGGCAGUUUGUGAAUUUCUUUGUACCUUGGAAUUAAAGGGACCUUCAAA